AUGAAUCGUUCAAUAGUUAAUAUUAUGAAUCUACCGGAUGAAAUAAUUCUUAUUAUUUGGAAUAAAUUGAAUAAAAUUGACGCACUUUAUUCAUUUUUAAAUGUUAAUAGAAGAUUUGAUAAACUAAUACGCGAUAAGAUUUAUACUUGUUCUAUUGAAUUGAUAAAAACAAAUUUUGAAGAAGAAGACAAUUGUUCAUUAUCUGAUCAAAUAUUAGAUCGAUUUUGUUUGGAUAUAUUACCUCAAAUACAUUAUAUUGUUGAACAACUUAUUCUCGAAUCAUUUUCUAUGGAACGGAUUCUUUACGCUGGUGAUUAUCCUCGAUUAUUUGAUACCAACACGCUUUUACCGCGUCUUAUUGAUCUUACAAUUCCCUAUUCAUAUAUUGAAGAAGUCACAGAAAACUUUACACGUGAAGCAACACAUCGAAAUUGUGCUAAUAUAAGACAAUUUCAUUUAUAUUUUUCAAAAGAAAAUGUGUAA